ACAGCUGGAAUGAGGAGCAGGGAGGGAGCAAUGAUUGGCUUAGAGUCAGCAGCAGGGUGUGUCCAGGCGGCCCCGAUGAAGCAUUUACCUGUCUAGGUAAGUCAGGACGAGGUCAAAAGAAGAAAACAGUGGGAGUCGCCGCGCCGAGACGCAAGCCGCCUCCAUCUCUGCCCUCUGCAAUAGAAGGGCAUUACUUUCUUCUCUUCAGACCCCCAACCCAGAGAAGGCCCAGCUUGGGACAUUCUUCACUUCCAUUCACUCCCCCCCUGGGAGCCCCUUUCGCCACCCCCGUGCCUUGCUUCAGGCGAUGCCCAAGAGGGAGCUUUGGCCAGCAGGGCUGUGCUCAGAACCCGUGACCCACAUCGGCAGCUGUGACAGCAUGAUGAGCGCCACCUCCACCCACUCUGGAGCUCAGGGUGACAGCAGCUACGACUUCCUGUCUGCUGAAGAGAAGGAGUGUCUGCUCUUCCUGGAGAAGACCAUUGGCUCACUGGAGGCUGAGGCUGACAGCGGACUGUCCACAGACGAAUCAGAGCCAGCUACCAGUCCUCGAAGUCUCCGAGCACCACCCAGCACCCAACGGGUGCCCCAGGGAAAGCCAGAGGCGAUAGACAUUCAACAAGUGCCAGCGCCAAAGAGAGUGGCCGAGUUCUCCGAUCCCCCUGAGUCUCACAGCCUGAGCCUCAGGUCUGGUUCCUACAGCCUUCCCAGAAACCUUCAUCUUGGCAGAAGCCAGAACCUCAGGGAAAACGCCACCCAGACUAACAGCCCCAUCUCUGAAGCAUCUGAGAUAUUCUUAGCAGAGUCUGAAAAAAGGCAGACCAGCCAGGACACGAAGCCCAUCCAGCCACUGGCCCCUUCCCAGAAGGCUACCCUUGACCUGAACAAGGUUCUCAUCCCCCCACCAGAGGCUUUCCAGGACAUUAGGCCAAAGCAGAGUAGGGAAGAGAGCCCACCUAAAGAGCCAGGAGAACAGAUACACACGCCACAGGUCCAUACUUCAGACAGCUCCCAGAGGGAAGAGAAAAUGUCUUCAGAAAUGAUGUCCUAUAAAGCCACUGAGAAAGCCUGGACAGAGGGUCCACCGCAACCACAGCUGCCUCCUACCCAACCGUCUCAGAAUGCAAACGCUGAAGAGGCUCCCCUACCAUCAGGGGUCAAGCCAAACCUCCAACAGGCUGCUCCCACAGCCGCAAAGCCACGUAGGCUGCCACCUAAUAUUGUCCUGAAGAGCAGCCGAGGCAGUUUCCACAGCCAUCCCCAGAACUGGCUGUCAAAUCACACCGAAGCUCCAGAUUCUGGCCCAGUCACCUCUUCUCUACAUGAACAAAGGAAAGCCCGCAGAGAGGCUCUGGAAAAGCUAGGGCUGCCCCAAGAUCAAGAGGAUCCCAGCCUUCUUGUAAAUAAACAUACCAGUGCCCUCAAAGCCAAGGAUCCUCAGGCUCAGAGCCCUCCGCAGGCCCAGGCUCCCGUUCAGCCAGCGUCCCCAGCUCUGGUCUCAGGAGCUGCUUCUGGAGCAGGAAAAGCUUCCCCAGUGAAGGCUAUCACUCCUGUGGCCUCUCCAGGCAAAGGGUGGAUUCCUGCCCAGGAAAUCCCUCCAGGAAAUGUUGCAGCUACCAAGUCUAUGCCCAUUCCUAUUCCUAAGGCCUCAAAGGUGGACAGUUCCCUGACACAGCCCAAGCCUGACCCACGGCUGACCCUCCAGGAAAGUAGCAUCCCUGGCCUGAGACAGAUCAAUUUCAAGUCCAACACUCUGGAGCGUUCAGGUGUGGGCUUGAGCAGCUAUCUCUUGGCGGCUGAGAAAAAGCCCAGCUGCCAAACCAGCACAUCUCUGGGAAAGAGCCCUGUCUCAGACAAAGUUUCAGCCAGCAUCUUGCGUAAUUCCCAGCCCCGGCCUGCCUCCUUGGGCAUGGGAAAGGACUUUGCAGGAAUCCAGGGGGGCAGGCUGGUCGACCUGGAGCAAGGCCAGUGCUCCCAGCAGAUGUCCUUCAAAGGAAAGAGCCACGACAGGCUUCCUCGCCCCCUCUGUGUCAGUGUCAAGAUAUCCCCAAAGGGCAUCCCUGAUGGACACAGGAGGGAGGCUCUGAAGAAGCUGGGACUGCUGAAGGAGUAGCGUAGGCCACUGGCAUAGCCAGCACCAACCCACCACAAGAGACUGGCUCUGCCUAGAGCCUUUGCAGCCUCACAGCUCAGGGCUGGCAUCUUCCCUGUCUGAGGUGAAGAAGGAAGAGGCUUGAGCCCAAGCGUAUGUUUGCACUCAGAGCAAUUGUGCUGUUGAGUACUUGCAUAGAUCAUUUUGAAGAUUGGUCCCACAGGGGGAGAGAGAGAGUAGUGUGUGUGUGUGUGUGUGUGUGUGUGUGUGUGUGUGUGUGUGUGUGCAAGAGAAAGAGAGGGAAAGAGAGGGAGGAGGGACUUACAUAUCACUGACACUAUUUAUGUAACACAAGGAGUCACUGUUGAGAACUCUGUUCUUAGUUGAGAUUUUACAAGUGUAAAAUAAAGUUCAGCCCAUUCCAGAGCUGAGUGGAGCAGAGUGGCCAAACCUGAGAAGCAAAGUCAAAUGAGACAAAGGAGGUAAAAGCAACUUAAAAAGAUCAAUUACAUUGAGCCCAUGACUGGUCACAUGAAAUAGGGGGCAGGUUUCUGCAGUAGAUGGAGACUGGUGUUUGCUGUGCCCCUCCAUCAGGGCCCUCUGGACACAUUCUGAGGCCAUGGGGAUCUGGCUCAGUGUCUUUGCCCACCGCCUCUGCCCAUCUUUCUUACAGUGUAGUACAUAUUCCUGUCUCGAGACCUCAUACUUCACUGAGAGCAGAGCCACUCCCCAGCCUGAGAAAGCUGAAUAAAUGGCCAUGUAUUCCUCCAUUUCUACCUGGAAAAAUUCUUGCCAUAGGCUUGAUGAAUACAGUAAUAAACUGUGCCAUGGCCCAUGA